AUGGCGAGCGGCAGCAUGAAGAGGGAGAUCAGCGAGACCCACGACACUCUCCGCUUCGGCCUCAACGCCGGCGUCAAGGCUGACCUCGCGCCGCCGCACCCGCUCCAGUCCACCAUCCAAUCGGAGGCCAAGUUCUGGGCGGACAAGAAGAAGUUUGGGACAGAGGCCAUCUACGGAUCCGCCUUGAACAUCCGCAAGGAUCUCGAUGCCCAAAUCCUCUCCAGCAAUAGGAUUGUUUACAUGGUUUCAGCAUCUGCUGGUAAAGUCGUUAACCAUUUUCCUACCUACAAUCUGAAUGGCCAUGUUGUAGUGUGCUGUGUAUUUGUUGCUACUACAACAUUGAUUGUUCCAGAGGCCCCCUGGUGCUUUGCCAUCAUCCUGCUUGGAUAUGAGGCACUGACAGGUUCCCUGGAUGAUUUUGGAUUUGAAGAUUAUCUUAACAUGCCUCAAGAUUCUGACAGUUUCCGUCAACCUGACAUGCACCACGGAAUGGAGGUUCGCCUUGGUUUGUCCAAGGGACCUAUCUGCCCUAGCUUCAAUUGA